CUCUUGAUUCAAUAACAAAACAAAAUGUUAUGUGUUGUGACUGUGUAAAAUUUUUGUGACAUUUUGCAUUUCUGUGAAAAGUUUUUGCAUUUCCUUCAUCACCAUAGUCUUUUAAGCCCUUGUUUGAAUGCUCAAGAGUUGUGAAAGUCUCCAAGUUCUAUGUCGUCGUGCGAUUAUUCGUGCGGUGGGAAGCAGAAAGCGUCUUCGGAGGCUACCGCUUCCACGAAAUAUCAUCAACUGGCUAAGGGAAUACGACGAACCAGCGGCAUUUGAUCCUAACUGCAGUUCUGAUGAAGUUGUUUUUUCAAACAACAAUGAAACUAUCACCUUUACAGGUCACAUGUCAUUAUAUACUUACCAAUUAAUUUGUUCGUUUGGUAGUCUGCCGUAUCAGGCCUUCCUAAGGGGUUAGGGGAGAGGAGAUUUUAGAUGGGGGAGGGGGGAGGGGGGAGAAGGGAAAGGAAGCUCUCUCCCUUUUUCGCUUCCAUCUUUCCCUUUUUCGCCAGAAACGCCUGAUACUCAGGCUAUUCGUUUGGUUUGUGUGCUUGUUUCCCAGGGGGCGAGGGCACCCUAAUGUUGGGGUGGUUAUUACAGAGAUGGCUUAAAAGAGAAUGGAGGUUGCUGAAAAGAGGAUUUCUAACAAAUUUCGAACCAUAUGAUACUAUGGAACUAAAACCUGACUUCUGUUUAUCUUGUACAAUUAGGAAAUGGCUACAGCACAACAUUGAUCCUUACCCCUGAUGGGCGUGGCUAUACCUCUGGAAAACAUGAAUGGGUGUUCUACUUUAACAACUGCCGAGGACAAGUAGCAGUGUGUGUGGUGACAGCUGAAUUCAAGAAAGCAAGGACAUUCAGAACAAUGCCUGCAAUUGGUAGAAGAAUUGGUUGGGCAUACAAUCAAAUUGGAUUCCUGACCUUUGAUGUUCCAAUUUGGGAGGCCCUCGGCAGUCAGCGCAAUGAAAGUUAUCAUACCUGGGACAUGAUAGGCAUUCUGCUUGACCUAGAUAAAGGGACUCUUGGUUUUAUGAAGAAUGGACAGGAAAUGGGUACAGCAUUCUGUAAAGGGCUACGAGGACAAGAGCUCUUCCCAGGUGUUAGUUUGUGUUCAGGGAGAGAGCAAGUUACUAUAGUAACAAGUAGAACCUAUUUGUAAGUCUUUUGAGUUGCUGAAUAAACUGCCAGUUUACAUUUCAACCCUGACAUUCAAG